AUGAAAAAUACAGAAAGGGUCGAUAAAAAUUUAGGGAAUAAUAACAUCAGGCCAUCAAAUAAUAAUGAAAAUGAAAAAAAAAGAAACUAUAAUAUAUGUUUUAGACAAGUAAACUACAUAACUAGUUACACAUUAUGUAGGCUUAUAUAUAUUAUACAUAUUAUAUAUAUAUUCCUAUACUUUGUUAAUUAUUCAGCAUGUUUCAAGCUUUCAAAAGAACAUAAUAAAUUUAAUUAUAAUAAUUUUUUAUAUUAUGACAACCGAUUAAAUGAUAAUUAUAAUGGUAGAAAAAAUGCAUUAAAUUAUAAAAGCAAACCUUAUAAUUUUAAAAAGGACACACAAAUAAACAAUAAAAAAUUUAAAUUAAAAAGUGAAAAGGUUGAUAAAAUAAUAGAAAGUUUAAAAGAACUAACUUUAUUAGAAGCUAGUGAACUUGUAAAAAAGAUUGAAGUAACUUUUUCUGUAGACUUAAAACAAAAUGUUGGAGAUAACAGAGAUGGUCAGGGAAAUAAACAAAAUGAAUCUGAUAAAGACGCAAAUGCAGAAAAUGAAGAAGAAGAUGAAAAUAAAGUAUAUGAUUUAAUUUUAGAAAAUGUUGAACCAAAUAAAAAAAUUCCAAUAAUUAAAAUAAUUAAAGAAAUCAAAAAAGAAUUAAACUUAAAACAAGCAAAAGAUUUAGUUGAUAAUCUACCACACACACUUUUUGAAAAAAUCAAUAAAGAAACAGCAGAAAAUUGGAAAAAAAAAUUGACAGAAGCUGGAGGUAUCGUUAAAUUGAAAUGA